AAAAAACUCUAUUACUAUAAUCUGGAUUCUGGAAAGAGUAGAAAAGAAGAAAGAAACUUCCAUCCAAUGUAAUAGACUAAAGUUCAACACGCAUUUUCAAUUCAAUAAUGGCUUUGACAAAGACUUCCAUGGUGACUAAAUCAAACACCAUGCCGGCUCCUACCUUUCCUACCUGGAUUCAGGGAUUAUUUCCCAUCUUCAACACCUUCCUAACACCUCUUCCUCUCAUCUUUCGCGAAUCCCAACACCACCUUAAAAUCUCACUUUGUAAAUCUCAUACCCAAAAAUAGAACCCGCCAAAAUUCAAUCAUGAAGUUUUCCUUUCACCUCUUCUCCAUCGCCAUUUGCCUCACACUUUCACACACCUCCGCUCGCUUCUUCCCCAACAUAACCAACAUACCACCGUGGCUCCUCCCGAACGUCACCGUCCCAGCCGCUUCUAGCGCCUGGGACGCCUUCCAGAAGUUUGGGAACUGCCGCCCCGGCGAGAAGGUCGACGGCUUGGCCAAGCUCAAGAAGUAUUUCAACUACUUCGGCUACAUUCCCAACCUCCCUACCAACUUCACAGACGACUUCGACGAUGAGCUCGAGUCGGCUCUCAAGACCUACCAGAAGAACUUCAACCUCAACGUCACAGGCGAACUAGACGAACAGACUAUCAGCCACCUCGUGCGUCCCCGCUGCGGCAACCCUGACAUAGUCAACGGCACGACCACCAUGAACUCCGGCAAGCCGAUGUCAUUUAACGGCUCCAAGCUCCACACGGUGGGUCACUACUCUUUCUUUCCCGGAACUCCGGUCUGGCCGGAGGGCCGCCGCGAUCUGACCUUCGCGUUCUUGUCGGACAACGAGCUUUCAGACGAGGCCAAGGCCGUGUUCGUUAGCGCCUUCCAGAAGUGGUCGACUGUCAUUCCGAUGACCUUCACCGAGACGACGUCGUUCUACUCGGCAGACAUCAAGAUCGGCUUCUACGUUGGAGACCACGGCGACGGUGAGGCCUUCGAUGGCGUUCUGGGGACUCUGGCGCACGCGUUCUCUCCCCCGAGCGGGAUGUUCCACCUGGACGGCGACGAGAACUGGGUCAUCGGAGGUGACAUCACCACGUCCACGGUGACGUCAGCCAUCGACCUGGAGUCGGUGGCUGUUCACGAGAUAGGUCACUUGUUAGGGUUGGGGCACUCUUCGGUUGAGGAGUCGAUCAUGUACCCAACCAUCACGUCGAAGACGAAGAAAGUUGACCUCGCAAACGACGACGUUCAGGGGAUUCAGAAACUGUAUGGCGCCAACCCUAGUUACGACGGUUCGACUACGUCAUCUACGCCGUCCACUGGGGCCAAGGAAACGUCGGCAGCUGGGGACCACACGGCUUCUCGGUGGGCCGCCGUAGUGGUUGUGGCCGUUGGAUCAAUGUUGCUCUCGUUUUAAUUCUUUUAUUGUUUUGGAUUAUGUUGCUCUCCUUUUAAUUCUUUUAUUGUUUUGGAUUAUGGGGUUCAUUGGACAGAGAUCGAUUAUUGACUUUUGUUACUAUUUUGGAAUUUAGGGAGUAUACGUUAUUACGUUUCAGAAA